AUGGAAGCUGCGCGAAUUCGCGGACCAUUUUGGACCCGAAGUCAAACUGAGGCACGACGAGGUUCAGCUUUCGUUCAAUUUCCUCCUGAAGGCUUUGACUCAACUGACCUCUUGGUUCGCUGGUUGCUGGACCUUAGACUCCGAUCACGUCUGACUGAAGCGACCUACAGCACUGCCAUUGCAAUCUCCAGGACCAAAGGUCCUCCAUGGCACAAGGCCUUGAAACUCUUAGAGGCCAUGCAAAAGGUGCAGCUGGAAGCCCGUGCUGCCGCAUGUACCGCUGCCAUGCGCGCCUGCAGAUCCGGCGGCGCCGAGAAAAGUUGGGCCGUGGCACUGGGAUUUUUGGAGAAAAUGCUUCGAUGGUCUAUCCGAGCCUAUGAUGGAACUGGUGCAGCACUGGGAUUGUGCGAAGCCAUGAUGGAGAGAUGGCAGGGAGCUCUGACGCAUCUUGCGGGAAUGCGGCAGAAAGGAGUUAGCAGGUUGAUUCGUUCACAUGCAGCAGUUGCAGAAGCCUGUGAAUCAUCACUGGCUGAUUGGAGGCUGUCUGCAGAACUCCUUGAGACAACUGAGCAAUCGUCGCAGGAUCAAGGUGGACCUGAGAGAUUUCUACAGGAUAUCAUUCCCACCAAGAUCAUGGCGUAUUCUCGAGGCGCGUAUUGGAAUGUGGCUCUUCAAGUGCACCAGUCCAGCUCCAGCCCGGGGAGUAUGUCCGUGCAAGCCUACAAUGCCUUGAUGCGGUCUUGCGGCCUUAGAGCUGGGAGUUGGGAUGUAGUCCUGAGAUUUCUUGAUGAGAUGUACUCUGAAGACUUGAUGCCUGAUUCUGACACCUUCGCUUCGGCCAUGGAAGCUUGUGGGGCUGCCAAUGAAUGGGAGUGGAUCUUGCAGUUGUAUGAUGAGCUGCAGCUCCAGAAUCUUCCACCCAGCCCACAGAGUUUGACCCUGGCGCAGCACGCCUGUGGGAUCCUGGGAGUGGAACGGAAGCUGAUGGAUUUCCUGGCAGAUCCAGAAGAUCCACUGGAAAUCGGUGAGGUCCUGAGAAGUCACUGCAGACUCUUGGAACAGGUGCUUUGCCUACGCACAUUGACUGAGAGCUCAUCUCAUUUGAGAAAGUUGGAGCAGGAAGAGCGAAUUGGUGAUAUUUCACGGAUUCAAUGUGAGACAGGUUCCAAGAGCCAGAUGGGUGAUGCUGCUGCCGGAAGCCCUUGCACAGCUGAAGGAGACUCCGAGGGAGCACGAACGCUGAUGCGAACGUUCGCAGCCUGCACCAAGAAUGGAAGCAGAUUUGCGGUGCGCAAUGCCUUGCCCAAGCUUUUGGUCAUUGCAGAGUCCUUUCCAAGUGAGAUGGAUGUUGCUGUGAUCCGAAUUGCACAAGCUUUGCUUGAAGGGGUAGAUGGUGGUGGCAACAAAGCUCCCAGUGGAUCAGUAGAUGCAGCAGAGCUAUUGGCAGAUCUUGCAGUGGACUCCAAACACUGCCUGGCACUGCUCCGCUUCACUUUGCGCCUCAUGGGACUGGCCAGUGGUGUGGCACCCAAGAGCAAACAUGUUCGACAUUGUUGUGCUCUGAUCUUAGCCAGAUUAUUGACAGAGGCUCCUCCCAGCACUGGUCGUAGUCAACAAGCAGCUUUUCUGCAACUGGCUCUGGACAAGUUCGCUCCAAUUCGGCUCGUGGCCCUCCCUGGUUUAGCUGCCUUGGGAACAGCGCAGACCAUUGCGACGCUCGUGGAGAUUGGAUGCAGCGACCCCGUCGCCAAGAUUCGACAAGAAGCAUUGGUGCAGGUCGAAAUGCUUCAGGCAGAGCAUGCCCUUCAACUUGAACGCCAUCUUUGGGAAGCGCUGCUAGACCGCUCCAUGGACGUGUCUGCGGCUGUUCGUGCGCAACUCUUUUCCUUGCUGUCAAAGGCCCAUCCCACGACAAAUGUCAAGUUUGCUUUGGCAUUGCGACAGGGCCUAGAAGACACAACCCUGGCAGUCCGAAGAACAUGUGAGACGAUGUUACAGGGACUGGCACGAAAUUCCAAUUCAUCUACUAUGCCAUCAUUGUUGAGCUUUGUUGGCCAGCUGCUUGUGUCCAGCAGUGACCCAGUAUUCAAUGAGCUCUCGGCCGAGAAAGCCUUGCGAAGUUUGUUGGCAUCGGCAGAUUGGUGUGUCAUUGCCGAAGAGAGUAUGACUUCGCUGCUGCACAGUGAAUCGGUGCUCUCCCCAGAAGAAGCUGUGGUUGGGCGGGUGGCUCUUGCCCUUGAUGCUGAAGUCUGGAGCAUGGAGCGCAGCUGGGAGCAAUGUCCUGGCCUACUUCGGAAGACACUUCAAGCCCUUGACAAAGGCGAUGAGUUUAUGCUACGGCAAUUGCUUUUGGUUCUGCUACACAGUGAUGUACGUUGCGAUCGUUGCGAUGACAAAAGCCUGCUGCACAUUGCAACCGCAACAUUGCUGAGGGCCCCGGUGAAGUUACUAGAUGCAUUUCAGACGAUGUUGGCGUUCCCACAAGAUUCAGUGCAACGAUCCUGUCGAAGCACCUUCCAUUUGGCGGUCCUUCUUGCACGUCACUCUUUGGGUCUAAGCUCUCGAGUUGGAUCCAAGAUGAAUGUGGGUCGACGUGAGGGCCGUUUCACCGAAUCAAUGGUGACUGUGCUGAAUGUUCUUCAAACCAAAGCCACUGCUGGUUUUGAGGAUUUCAAAGAUGAAGGGAUCACUGCAUUGGCAGAGCAUGGCCGCGUGCAGCAUUCCUUAGCAAAACAGCUUGCAGAGCAACUUGAUGGGAUCCGUUCUGCUCGUGGUCGUUUUCUGAAUGCCAAGGACUAUGUCUCAGCAUGCAGUUUGCAAAAGGAUUUGGAUAGUCUCCAAGAGAAAUAUGAGACCGCCAAGACAGCAGCAGAGGCUGUUUUCGCAGAACUGGAACAACACUUGUCCCGUAUCUUGAGUGUGGCUGAGGCCAUCCUGGUUCACACACAAGCUGAUCUGAGUGAAGAUUAUCAUUUGUUCCUUCUGAUGGAAGAUCUUUUACAUCCUGCACUGAUGAUUGCAGAUUCCGCUCCGCCAGUAGGUUCCUGGCCCUCUGUUCGAGCGCUGGCGGUGAGAUGCAUAGCACUUUAUGCUUCACUGUCCCCGGAGACUUCGGGGCAACACUGGAACUUCUUCAAAUCUGUUUUGGAACGGCACAUCCCAGAAGUGUCGACACAGAAUCUCCGCUACAGUGUGGGAGAUCCGACAGCCUCUGAAAAGAUCAUCUUCAGUUGCGUGGCCUUCAUGACUGAUGCGUUGACCUUGCACGGCUCUGAAUUUGAGGGUCAGGACGGUCAGGACCCCACGGGCAUUUGUCAGGCUGUGGCCACCUUGCUUGCAGGUGGAAGUCAUAUCAGUGCCUGGCUGCGCCAAGCUGUGGCCUUCCGGAUGUGCACACUGAUGGUUUUUCAUGGUAUUCAGCUGGACUCGGCACACUACUGGGUUGCCACCUGGUUGUUGGUCCAAGCAUUUGCUCAAGUUGAAAGCCCAUUGUCCGGAAACUUUGCAUUGGAGGCAUCGGUGUUCAGUGGACGACUGCUGCGUUUCUUCGCAUCCCUCCGCAGCUUGUCUUCCCAUCAUAUGAAGGUCCUAGCCGCUGCGUCUGAAGGAUUUCUCUUUUGCGACCUGUGGAGAUUGGGACAUUUGCUUCCAGUGGUCAAUCAGCUUCCGACCGUCCUGGCCUUGCCUCGUUUGGUGCGUUUUCUGAGCCGCGAGUUGUCAGUCUGCAGUGGAGGACAUGGAGAAGAGGAGAAUCCAUGGCUUCAAAGCCUAUGGCGGCCAUUGGCUUUGGUUUGCCUCGAAAGCACGGCUGCCGUUGCUGGAGAUGCCAAUCUUCCCGAGGCGUUGCUCGUCGCCAUUACAGCUGCAACGGAUGCGGACGAGUUUGCGGCGGAGGUCGCCUGGGUCAUCAAUCGGACGGUGGAGAAAUGGGGCGCUUGGAACAGGUCGAGGUCAGCAGCUCGUGCCAGUCAGGGAGAAGGCCCUGAGAAGUCGGCCAUGAGUCGGCUGAGAGAGCGUCUCGCUUCAUCGGUUUCUGUGGAUUCACGGACACAGGGAGAUUGGCAAAGUAUUUAUGAGGAGACUGCUCAGCGACGCUCAAGGCUGCGAGAGGAGAUCACGCAUCGCGGCGUCGAUCUUUCCAGAUUUCUUCAAGAUCUUGGACAUGAUGGAGGUGUCAAGUCUGGCAAGGGCCGCGCUUCGGAGUAUCGAGGUCGUGCAGCCAAGAAGCAAAAACUCUGCUGAAGGAUGUCGAAGUGCAUGGACUAAUGUGGCCAUGAUGAAGGCCAAGGUCACAAGGUGUGAUCAAUUCGGUCAUGAGGCGAAGCUGCCAGUGAGUUGUGGAAGAUGUCCUGUCCUGACCGUCCUGACCGUUUGCAUGUACAAAAUCCCGGAAUUUCUUGAAGUUGCGAGCACGAGGGGAAAGAAA